GUAAUCAUUACGGACGGUUCGGAACAAUAUAAACGUUUUAUACAAUUGCCACAGCCAUUGACAUUUAAAGUUUACAUUUUUAAUGUCACCAAUCCGAUGAGGGUACAGCAAGGCGCCAUACCAAUUGUUAAAGAAGUUGGACCCUAUGUUUACAAACAAUAUCGUCGGAAGCGUGUUAAACACUUCUCGAGAGAUGGUUCCAAGAUAACAUUUACCCAAGAUCAAUUAUACGUGUUCGAUGAAGAAGCUUCAGCCCCCUACAAGGAAAGUGAUCAUAUCGUGGCCCUGAAUAUGCACAUGAAUGCAUUUUUACAAGUAUUCGAAAGAGAAAUCACAGACAUUUUACAGGGUUUUGCAAAUCGUUUAAAUCAUCGUCUAAAUCGAACGCCCGGUGUUCGUGUUUUAAAACGUUUAAUGGAUCGCAUUCGUGGGAAACGUAAAUCGGUUUUACAAAUCGGUGAAAAUGAUCCAGGUUUGGCAAUAUUGUUGGUCCAUCUGAAUGCCAAUAUAAAGGCAAUAUUUAAUGAUCCGAAAUCAAUGUUUGUUCGCACCACAGUCAAGGAGUAUCUCUUCGAUGGUGUACGUUUCUGUAUAAAUCCCCAAGGUUUAGCCAAGGCCAUAUGCAAUCAAAUUAAAGAUGGCGGCUCGAAGACAAUACGAGAACUCAAGGAUGGUAGUUUGGCGUUUUCAUUCUUCAAUCAUAAAAAUGGAACUGGUCGUGAGGUAUAUGAGGUCCACACCGGCAAAGAUGAUCCCAUGAGAGUUUUGGAAAUACAAAAACUCGACGACAAUCAUCAUUUACAAGUUUGGCUCAAUGCCACCGAAAGUGAAACAUCGACAUGCAAUCAAAUCAACGGAACCGAUGCCUCAUCAUAUCCGCCGUUCCGUCAGCGUGGUGAUUCCAUGUAUAUUUUCAGUUCGGAUAUUUGUCGUUCCGUGCAACUUUUCUAUCAGAAGGAGAUCCAGUAUAAAGGCAUUCCCGGUUAUCGUUAUUCAAUCGGAGAGAAUUUCGUCAAUGACAUCGGCCCGGAACAUGACAACGAAUGUUUUUGUGUCGACAAACUGACAAAUGUCAUAAAACGUAAAAAUGGUUGCCUCUAUGCUGGUGCUAUGGAUUUGACCAAUUGUUUGGAUGCUCCUGUCAUAUUGACUCUACCGCAUAUGCUUGGCGCCUCCAAUGAAUAUACGAAAACAAUAAAAGGUCUGAAACCGGAUGCUCGAAUACAUCAAACAUUCGUCGAUGUUCAACAUUUGACUGGUACUCCUCUGCAGGGAGGAAAACGCGUGCAGUUCAAUAUGUUUUUGAAGAGCAUCAAUCGUAUAACCAUUACAGAAAAUCUAACAACAUCUCUAAUGCCGGCUAUAUGGGUAGAAGAGGGUAUCCAAUUGAACGAUGAAAUGGUGGCAUUCUUUAAAAAACGUGUCAUCAAUACCCUUAAAACGCUGGACAUCAUCCAUUGGGCUGCCUUGUUUGGUGGCAUUGGUGUGGCAGCGCUAUGUCUAAUAUAUUAUGUGGUGCAACGACGAAAACCUGUUGUUAUCGAGGCCCCAUUAAAAUAA